GAAAAUAUGGCAAAGACUGCUCUGAGACAUCUCGCCGAUUCUGUUUCGAUGAAAGAUUCUCAAACAUAGACGGAACAUGUCUACAGGGUUGCGUCUCUGGAUACCUUUACCCUGAAUGUCUUGAAGAAUGCACUGGAAAGAGAUUUGGUCCAAACUGCUCUGAAAUCUCUCAUCGAACCUGUAUGAACGACACACAUUUUCCUCAAAAUGGAAGCUGUCGGUUGGGCUGUGCAAAAGGUUACAUUUUCCCCGAGUGUGAAGCGACUGAAACCACAUACAUGAAAGUAAACAAACAUCAGAACCACGUUUUGAUUUCAAUCCUCAUCCUCGUGCCACUGAUUUUCGUGCUUCUCGCUUUAAUCGGGGCUUGCAUUUAUAUCAAGAAUCGCAGGAAACGCCAACAAACCAAUCAAGAAGCCACAGUACAAUUUUCGAAAGCAUCUGAAACUGGCACUGCUCAAUUAAUCGAAGAAAAUAACUGCUAUGUACCUUUCAAUGCAUCGCAGGUCGAAAAAUACUUGCAGUCAGCCUUUAUAAACAAUUUCCUUGACGAGCAAUUUAAGAAAUUCCCGCGGGGGCAAACGCAACCGUGGGAAGUUGGCACCAAACCAGAAAAUAAGAAGAAGAAUCGUUACAAUAAUUUGUACGCGUAUGACUCUUCCCGAGUGAAACUGGACUUUCUUCCUGGCGACCAACACUCUGACUACAUCAAUGCCAACUACGUUGACGGAUACGAACGUCCAAAGGCGUACAUUGCAAGUCAAGGACCAAUGGCGAGCACCGUUGAUGACUUUUGGAGAUUGGUGUGGCAGGAAAAAGUGUCCUUGAUCGUGAUGCUUACAAAUCUUACUGAGGGAGAAAAAGUUAAAUGCGAAAAAUACUGGCCCGACGCCGACCAGGAAGGAAAAUUCGGCCGUUUGACUGUCCGCAAUAUGAGAGAGGAGAUCAACGCCGAUUAUGUUUCAAGAGAUCUAAUUGUUUUACGCGAAAAAACGAAGAAUAUCGUAAAAUAUUUUCCCCCUAUUCUAUAUAUCCCAAAUCUCUCCUGCAAAUACAGGCUGAAAUUUCUACAAAUGUUUUUUACUAUCACACUAGGUUCAGCAACUGCACUACACCAAUUGGCCCAAUAACGGAGAACCACUCUAUCCACAGUCGAUAGCCAUUUUCGUGGAAAAAAUAUCUCAUUGUCAGCGCAAUGAAUGCGCCCCUAUAUUGGUGCACUGCAGUGGUGGAAUUGGAAGAACUGGCACUGUGAUUUUGAUUGACGCAUGCCUUAAAAUGUUUCGUUCGCGCGGUCAACUCGAUGUCAUCAGCAUUUUCUCACAGAUGAGGAAACAGAGAGUCAAUCUGGUCAACACCUUGGAUCAAUUCAAAUUUGUACACCUGGUCCUUUUGGAAAGCAUUUUGAACCCAAAGUUUGAAAUACACUGCGACAAUUUUUCUGAAGAAUACAAAAAUCUUACGUCAAAUAGCAACAAGAAGAUCAAAAAGAAUUUGGAUUUGCUCACGAACAUUUGCAACAAAGACUUCCAAAGGGCUGACAAACCGGCCGAGAUUGAAGCGGACAAGUGCAGGAACCCUGAUUUUAUUUCCACAUCGAGCGCCAUAGUUUCGCUCUUCCCCUACGGAAAUGUCACGACGAUGAAUUUCAUAAACGCCGUUUUCGUCGACGGAUACAAGAGGGCAAAGCAGUUCAUUGUUACCCAAGUGCCCAUGAAAAACACCGUCUGGGAUUUUUGGAGGAUGAUUGACCAGUUCAACGUCAAGCAAAUCAUCGUCCUCAAUGAGUCGCACUAUUCUUACGGGGAUUUCCUUCCUACAAAAAAACGCAAGCUUGACUUCGAUGAAAUUCAAGUAGUUUUGGAUAGCAUCGACGAAGAAAAACACGUGAAGAGCCAUGAAAUCACACUGAAUGCUGUAAAAUAUCUAUUUCGUUUUUCAAUUUGGCUGAAAUAA